UCGAAGCUGAGGAUAAUGUUCGCCAAAGUAAUACUACUAGUGGUAGCCUUGCAGGCUUGCCUGGUGAGCUCCGAUACUCCAGGAAUCCGUCAAACUGCGGCUGGUAUUUUCCAGAUCGCGCCAAUGGCCGCACCAUUUUUAACUCACAAAUGUGAAAAUAAUAAUUUUGGCGCUGGAUGCACUGAGUGCCAGAAAGGAUCGCUUUGCCUUGGAAGCGAGCAACCGGUUGAAGUGGACUGCACGCUUACAUCAGGUACUCCUUAUUGCAAUAAAGACCAAUGUUCUGCUGUACCGUUGGAAGUAUGUGAAGCUAAUGCCCGAGUUGAAAAAUUCAUCUGCACAGCUGAAGGAUUUUUUCCAGAUCCAAAACAGUGUGAAAACUAUCACUAUUGCGAAGAUGCAAAUGCCGCAUCGGAUAUAUACAACUGCCCUUCUGGAUAUGUGUACAAUCCCGUCACCGGAGCAUGUAAGCUGAAAUCUUCCGCAUCCGAUUGCGUGGUGAUCAAAUGCCCUUCUGCCAGCGGAUAUGGCACUUACGGUACCAACAGGACCUUGUAUGCCUAUUGUGUAUAUACGAGAACUCCGGUAGUGCUCUCACAAACAAUUUUGUUCAAGUGCGCACCGAACACUGCUUUCGAUGGUUCUGCCUGUGUGUAUCAAUGCACAAAAGAAGGAAACUUUGAAAAUUCUGCCGAUAUGUCAACUUAUUACCAAUGUUCCAUUUCUGGCGAAGGGUGGCUCUCUCAGCUUUUGAAUUGCCCUUCGGGUAAAAAGUUUGACGCGACCAAGCAAAUUUGUUUAGUUCCAAAUUGAAUAAAUUGAAUAAACCGAAAAUUAAAAAAUUAUGGAAAUACAGAUAAA